AUGCGAUGGUUCUAUUUAUUACUCAUGAUGAGUUCAUCAGCGUACACUUUGAAAUUUCCCUGUGGUCCCAGUUUCACUCCAUGUGAAAGAAAAGCAUUCGGAGUGAAGAAUUUGGAAGAAGAAUCCGAAAAACAAAGCUUAUUCUACACCGAAAAACAAGCGGAGGCGAAGAAAGAAGUUACCAAAUUGAUGAGCCACGACCAAAUUCUAUUAGCUGCUCGCCAAGCUAAGGAUUAUAUCGAAAAAAUAUUUAAUCAAACAGAAAAGCAACUUCAAAGGACCACAAAAGAGAACUCCUUCACCUCAGGUGAACUUGCGUGGUCCCAUUACAACAGAGGAGAUCGUUAUACGAAAUAUCUCUCAUUUUCCGCACUAAUCUCUGUCGAAGCAACACGGAAACUUUCCAAAUCCUUCUGUGCUGGAACAACCUCUUCAAAGACAUUCGGUACUCAUUACAGACUUCUUCCUUCACGUAUCCUUGAUGCUUUUUCCUUAGUUCCUCUGGAUGGGUCGGUGAUUCAAAGUCAUUGCCCGGUCAGCACGAUCGAAGAGUGCAUCGCUGGGAAGUACAGAACUUACUCCGGUCACUGUAACAAUGUGAAUCAUCCACAGUAUGGCGCAAUCUAUGAGCCACUGCGAAGGCUGCUUCCGCCGGACUAUGAGGACAAAAUAUCCACUCCUCGCUCUUCGAAAACCAACUCUCCACUUCCUUCCGCCACAGAAGUCGCCGCACUUUUCACGCCGGCACCACGAGGACAUGCUUCCUGUUCAAUGGUUCUCGCUCAAUGGGCCUCAUUUAUCUACGAUGACAUGGCACAUGUUGCGAGUAGUCGUCUAGUGAAAGAAGGUUUCUUCACCACCUCGAAAUAUUUGCCACUGCCUUGUUGUGAUCCUUUGACUGAUCAUCCCGAAUGUUUCCCAAUAAGAACCAAGGACGGAAAGUGUGUGACUUAUUCGCGCUCAAUGCCAACUCCCAAAGAAAAUUGCUCGCUGGGCUAUCGUGAGCAAGGAAAUAUGGUUAGCGGCUAUCUUGAUGCUAGUCAAAUUUAUGGUUCAACUCAGGAAAUCGUCAACAAAAUGCGAUCUUUCAAAGAUGGUCAGCUUUCGCUUCGAACCUUGUCUGCGUCGCACAACGGCUUACCGCAAGCGGAUGACGAUGAGGACUGUAGAAGCGUUUCGCCUACUUCUCAGCAAUGCCUUCUGGCUGGCAGUCAGAGGAUCAAUUUCCUGCCAUCCAACUCGGUGAUGUACACGAUGUGGAUGAGGCAGCACAACUUUGUGGCUGAGAAACUGAAGGAAGUGAAUCCCACAUGGAACGAUGAAAAACUGUUUCAAGAAGCUCGAAGAAUUGUGAUUGCUCAAAUUCAACACAUCACUUAUAACGAAUUUAUUCCUGUAAUUAUUGGCAAGGAGAAUUUGAAGAGAAACUCGUUAGAUCUCCAAGUGAAUGGAUACGAUAGCCGUUACGACAUGAAUAUCGAUGGAUCAACGCUAAAUAUGUUUGCAUCGGUUGUCGGACAGUUCUUCCUAACUCUACUCCCAGAUCAAAUAACAAUUACGGACACAUUUGGAAACAACAAACGGACUGAACCUCUGGGAAAGGUCUUCUACGAUCCUUCCUUCAUCUAUCAACGAAAUCGUUUUGAUGCUGUCUUGCGAUUUCUUACGCGGUCACCGAUAAUGAAACCGGGCUUGCACAUUACGCCUGAGCUUAAGAAUGCUUUCAGAAAAGGAACAUUCGACCAGGGUAUUGAUAUGGCAGCUUAUAUUGUGCAGAUGGGAAGGGAUCAUGGAAUCCCUGGCUAUUUGCAAUUUAGAAGGCACUGCAACUUAGACAACGCUAAGUCUUUCGCAUCUAUGUCCACUAAGUUCCUUCCAUCUGUGAAUGCGUCGAUGUUUGAACAACUCUACGAGUCACCUGAAGAUGUAGACUUGAUAGUAGGAGGGCUUGCGGAAGCUCCACUGCCUGGCGCACUUCUCGGCCCAACACUUUCCUGUUUAUUCGCACAGCAGAUGGAGAAGACUAAACGAGGUGAUCGGUUCUGGUACGAAAACUUCUUCUAUCCUUCUUCUUUCUCACCUGCUCAACUCGAUGAAAUUCGAAAAACAACAUUAGCGCGUGUGAUCUGCGAUACUUCUGAUGAUAUCCGCUUCAUACAACACAAUGUGUUUGCUCUUCAAGACGAUUAUGGAAACUGUCCAGUAAGCUGCAGCUCCUCAAUCAUCGAUUCAGUCAACUUCUCCGCUUGGAAGGAUGAGGAACCUAAGCGUACAUUACCAAUCACUAAAGCCACUGUAGAAAAAGCUAUUCGGCUGGGAAUCGAACAAUAUAACAGGCUUCAAGAAGCAGAAGGACGGAGAAUCCGAGCACUCGGGCCACCUCCUAAUAAAAAUUCCCAAUCUGCAAUUUUCUCGCAUGCAUCCUUAAUGGCUCCUAAGCGGGAAUCACUUGAUAUUGCUAGAACGGCCGGAGUGUUGAGGGAAGCCACAAGAGUCUUAGUGUUUGGCACGGGCCUAGACGAAAGCGAAAAGAUACCUGAAGGAUUGGAUGUUGCUACUCUUCAGCAGCUCCUUCCGGAUAUUGAAGUGGAAAAGAUCGUGGGAAACUUCACACCGUUCCUAGGUCGUGAACCUCUUCCAAAGGAGCAAUGUUUGCCACAACUGCUUCCAUGCGACCAUACUGCAAAAUACAGGACUUAUUCUGGCUGGUGCAAUAAUCUCCAAUUUCCAAAAUAUGGCAACGCUUUCACCGGAAUGCGACGACUUUUGGAUCCUGCAUAUGGCGACGGCUUCGAUGCUCCACGAACAAGAGCUCGAUCAGGAUUCGAUUUGCCUUCUGCAAGGGCUAUUAGCAACUCCGUACAUCAGGAUUCACCUGAAUUCCACGUAAAAUUCACUCAUAUGCUGAUGCAGUUCGGUCAGAUUCUCGAUCAUGACAUGAUGCAUUCGCCAAUCGCACGAGGACCAAACAACACCAUUUUAAACUGCUCUUCAUGUGAUUCGCACGAAAUGCUCUCUAUUCAUUGCUUCCCCAUCAAGAUAGGGAAAGAUGAUCCGUUCUUUCCUGCUACGCAUAGCGAUGGUCGUCCACGCUGCAUGCCUUUUGCAAGGAGUCUGCUUGGUCAGCUUACACUAGGAUACAGAAAUCAGCUAAACCAGCUCACAUCAUUUCUGGAUCUAUCGUCAGUCUAUGGAUCAACUGAUUGCGAGGCAAACCAGCUUCGCUUGUUCAGUCAAGGGAAACUUAACUACACUGAUCUAGGGUUCAAUAAGGAAGCUCUACCACAGGGAAAUCAGGAAAGAGAUUGUCGAUCAACACUUAGUUCGAGAGAGAAGAGAUGUUUUGUGGCCGGUGAUGAGCGCAGCAAUGAGCAACCUGGUCUCACAGUCAUUCAUACGAUUUUACUGAGGGAACACAAUAGAAUUGCCUCGGAACUACGCAGAGUGAACAAUUUCUGGACCGACGAACAGCUUUACCAAGAAGCGCGAAGAAUUAACGUUGCUAAGAUCCAGCAUGUAAUUUUCAAAGAAUGGCUUCCUGUUGUGUUGGGAUGUGAGGCGAUGUCCAAAUAUGAUCUUAUGCCAAAGAAAAGUGGCUAUUUCACAGGAUAUGAUCCACAUUGCGAUCCUGCAAUUUCACAAGAAAUGUCAACAUCUGCAUUCCGAUUUGGGCAUACAUUAAUUCGAUCGAAGUUCCCUCGUAUGAAUGAUAUAUUUAAAAAUAUGACUGACGCAAUUGAGCUGAAGGAUCAUUUCGGAAAUCCUUCUCCUCUUUACGAUCAUAAAGUCGGACACAUGGAAUCAAUGCUAAUGGGACUUGUGGGAGCUGAAAGCAUGGCAUUCGACCGUCAUAUCACUGAUGCUGUACGGAAUCAUCUUUUUGCGAAACCAGGUGGACCGUUGACCGGAAUUGACUUACCGGCCGUCAAUAUCCAACGCGGAAGAGAUCAUGGAGUGCAGCCUUACAAUGAGUACAGAGGAAUUUGUGGCCUAAGACGUGCUCGAACAUUCGAUGAUCUACGAUCUACAAUGGAUGACUCUGCAAUUGAUGCCCUUAAGAAAGUGUACGACAGCGUUGAUGACAUCGACCUAUUUCCUGGAAUUAUGAGCGAGCGUCCUAUAAAAGGAGCUCUAGUUGGACCUUCAUUAGCCUGUAUUAUCGGAGAACAGAUGCAACGAUUGAAGAAAUGUGACCGAUUCUACUAUGAAAACGAUGUACAAGCUGUAAAGUUCACUCCAGAUCAACUGGCAGAAAUUCGGAAGACUACAUUUGCAAAGAUAAUUUGCUCUAAUAGUCAAUAUGCUCGGAAAAUACAACCAAAUGUCUUCCUUAUGGCAGAUGAAUUGACGAAUGCACCAGCAUCCUGCUCAGAGCUUCCUGACACGAACUUUUUCGAAUGGCUCGAUAGAGAUUACUGCCUUAUAGAUCAUCGUGUAAUAAAUCUUGGUAGGACAAAACGUAUCACUCCGUGUGUUGCGUGUACAUGCACUAAGGAAGGCCCCGAAUGUCAUUCAAUCACAGUUGAUCGUUGUGAGCGCCUCUUCGACGAUUAUCUCAUCUCAGACAUUGCCAAAGAUCCAGUUUGUGUGAUUCAAUGUGCCCGAAUUAUCAAAGAUAAAUUCAAUGGAAGUGAAAAGAGUUGA